CCAGUAGUCGCUCCGCGCCUGCGCCCGUUGUCUCCCUGCUAGCUGCGGGUCCCGGGGCUGCGCCAUGUGGGCUGCGGCGGGCGGGUUGUGGCGCUCCCGCGCUGGUCUCCGGGCCCUGUUCCGUAGCCGCGAUGCUGCGCUAUUUCCGGGCUGCGAGCGGGGACUGCACUGCUCUGCUGUCUCCUGCAAGAACUGGCUCAAGAAGUUUGCAUCGAAAACCAAAAAAAAGGUUUGGUAUGAAAGUCCUUCCUUGGGUUCUCACUCGACUUACAAACCAUCCAACUUGGAAUUCCUCAUGAGGAGCACCUCAAAGAAAACCAGGAAGGAAGACCAUGCACGCCUGAGGGCCCUGAACGGCCUCCUCUAUAAGGCACUGACAGACCUGCUGUGUACCCCUGAAGUGAGUCAGGAGCUGUAUGACCUUAACGUGGAGCUCUCCAAGGUUUCCCUGACUCCAGACUUCUCAGCCUGCCGAGUGUACUGGAAGACAACGCUCUCUGCUGAGCAGAACGCACACAUGGAGGCUGUCCUGCAGAGAAGUGCCGCGCACAUGAGGCACCUUUUGAUGUCCCAGCAGACCCUGAGGAAUGUGCCACCGAUAGUGUUUGUUCAAGACAAGGGAAAUGCAGCUCUAGCUGAGCUUGAUCAGUUACUGGCAAUCGCAGACUUUGGACCCCGGGAUGAAAGAGACAACUUUGUACAAAAUGAUUUCAGGGACCCUGAUGCCCCACAACCCUGUGGCACCACAGAGCCGGCCACAAGCUCCAGUCUGUGUGGGAUCGAUCAUGAGGCGCUCAACAAGAAGAUUAUGGAGUACAAAAGGAGGAAAGAUAAAGGGCUUGGGGGCCUGGUGUGGCAGGGGCAGGUGGCUGAGCUGACAACGCAGAUGAAAAAGGGAAGGAAGAGGGCCAAGCCCCGCCUGGAGCAGGACAGCUCCCUCAAGAGUUACCUGUCGGGCGAGGAGGUUGAAGAUGACCUGGACCUGGUUGGUGCCCCGGAGUAUGAAUACUACGCCCCGGACACAGAGGAGCUGGAGGCAGAGAGAGGAGGUGGCAGAACAGAGGAUGGCCACAGCUGCGGAGCAAGCAGGGAGUAGAUGGAGAGGCGUCAGCUCUGCCCAUCCCAUGUUUGCAGGGAAAAGCAUUGGCACGCGACGCAGCAUGUGGCUUCAUUGAGGCAGUUGAUGGAGUUAAAACCAUCUGCUCUUCUGCUACUUCAGCAUUUUCUAGCUUUUCUGUGUAUCUAAACACAAUUUGCUACACAAGUCACUGUUUUUUUCCCAUACACUGUGUGUAAUUUAAAAAUUAAAUGGCCAUCUUACCACAGAUUCUCACAAAAAGAAAAUGGUAAAAUAGUGUCUCUGAGAUGCUGGCAUGGCCACCUCCACCUGCAGAGCCCUGCCAGGUGCCAGUGAGUGCUUGGCAAGAGGGGUCAGGCCACAGCAGUGGCUGGGGUGAGAACUGAACCUGCAAACCUGGGGAGAGCAGAGGGUCCCCAGGGCCUCCCGACCCCCUGUAGCUGCUGAGUAGGCACAUGGCACUGGGGGCUUCGUCCCUGGAGCUGCUGAGUUGGCACGUGGCACCGGGGGCUUCGUCCCUGGAGCUGCUGAGUCGGCACGUGGCACCGGGGGCUUCGUCCCUGGGGCUGCUGAGUCGGCACGUGGCACCGGGGGCUUUGUCCCUGACUGGCCUCUUCAGCACAGCUUUGUGCAGCAGGUUCCACCUUCUGGUUCAGGCCAAGGUUGGGCAGAAAGUGAGUUGGGUUUGCUGGGGCUUCCUGGGCGACCCUGGCUCUGACCGUGGUUCCAUCACGCCUGAAGUAGUAACACUUUUCCCUUGGUGCCUGUGGCCACCUAGUGUAUUUUCUAAUCCGUCCAGAGGUGAAACAAACUUGGUCUUUGCCUUCUGAAGAGUGUGCGACUCUGAGUCAUACUGAAUUCUUUGUGUCACCUCCGACACAAAGAUUCGUUUUGCUGUUUAUCAGAAGAGAAAACACAGAUUCCAUACCUUGUCAGCUACUAUUUAGUUCGGCUUCCCCCUUAAUGCCCCAGCCCCUGUCAGCUGUCAGGUUCUAAAUUCAGAAUUCUCAAUUCUGUCAGGUUCUGCACUACGAGUCGGUGUCAUCCCUCCAAGCCCUGGCUUUCUGCCGGAGCAGCAGGGCUGUGAGAAUCAAGAUGGCACAGGGAAGGCAUCUGUCCCAGCAUUUGCACGUGAUAGGUGCCCACGGUGCGGGAGCAGAAUCUGUGGAAGCAGCAGUGUCUAGUUGCUGUGCCCUGCCACCUCCUCCUGCAAAAGGAGAAAUGUCCAAGGGAUAGCAGACCCGCAGCACUGAGCAGCCUGCUGUGCUGACCACUGGAUCCAGGCCACGUGCUGCAGACAGUGGCUGUGGGUGAGUGAUGAGGCCACUACCCAGAAAGCUGCAUGUACACUGUGUGGGGUAAGGACUGUAGGAGAUGCUGCUGCAAGAUGCUGACUCCCUUGUUUUUCUUUUCAUUUGUGCUCUGGGACUAAGCUGUGUAUAAGUCAUCAAAUGGCAGAAGCAAGAUUUUUCUUUUCAGAUCUAGGAAAUUAUUUGUUUAUACUCCACACUCUUAUUUCCUGUAUCAGGAUGGAGAGGCCACUGCCUCAGGCCAGUUAAACUAAGAAGGAAGAAUUUAAGACAAUUUGUAAGGAUAGAUAAAACCCCACAUGAUGGUAUGAGUAGCAGAGAGAGAAAAAAACGGAGCCAGAAAUUAGGCUACAAAGUGUACACCACACAUAAAGGCUGAUGCCUCUAUUACACCGUGAGCCAAAUCUUUAGGGUUUCUGGUAGCCAGUCGCGGGGUGUCCAGUGAAGGGGUGUACGUGUCUGUGGUUCAUCAUCAUAUAGGUCACAGGAUAAUGAGUUGAUGCUGCAGUGACACACGGCACAUCUCCCUGGCUUACAACAACCAGUUUGCUUCUUACUCUUGCUAGGGGACCAUCAUGGGCUGAGGUCAGGCCAAGGCCUUUUGUAUCUGGUGUUACUGAACACGGCUAUGUGAAUUCAUUUAUGUACAAGAGACCUCCCCGUCCUGAUGUAGGAAAUGCAUGCUGAUGAUUUACGAGUGCAACAUCCUAAAAAACGUUUUUGUAUUUCCCUAGCGAGGUAACUUCAGGUUACAAGGCUCUAGUACUUGACCGUGAUGACUCCAUGAGAAAACAGCAGGACGCCAGCUUUGCAGGUGCCUCCGCAGCACUGCUGGGCUGCGAACAGGCCCAGUGCUUGCGCCAGCGCUGGAGGGGGCCACAGCAGGGUGAAGACAGAGUCUGCCGUGCAGGAGUGCUUCGCAGGUCAGGCACUGCUCUGAGUGCUUUGUGUUAACCUGCUCCCCGCCCCCCAACUUGGGAAAGGUGUUAAAGAAGGAGAGAAUGCCCUCAAUGGUGUGUCCUUUGCAUACACACCUUUGCAAGCAUCUGAUGUGCCCAGGCUGUGUUUUAUUGUUCUAGCAAUUUAUUGUUACAAAACAGGUUGCUGCCAUCAAUUUGUCUCAGGUCCCUUCUAGCACAUCUGACAGGGACUAGUGUCUAGAGCCAUGAGGACAGAGACCAGAAGGGACAAGAAGGAGUGGGCAGAGGGAAUGGAAGGUAGAGUUAGGGCCAGAGAGCCCCAGGCUGCUGCCCUGACCUCCACGCCUGUGCCGGAUGUGGUGUUGGCAUCCAUAGCAGUCUCGCAAAGUUGUUCUCAUUUUUCAGAUAAGGAAACUGAGGCCCAGGGAGAGGUGAAGUGCCUGCAGGGGAUCCAACCAGGCAUCAGCUCAGUGCCUCCUAGAAAGAGGAGUGUGGGCACGUUUGCAGGGGAUCCAACCAGGCGUCAGCUCAGUGCCUCCUAGAAAGUGGAGUGUGGGCAUGUUUGCAGGGGAUUCAACCAGGCGUCAGCUCAGUGCCUCCUAGAAAGUGGAGUGUGGGCAUGUUUGCAGGGGUUCCAACCAGGCGUCAGCUCAGUGCCUCCUAGAAAGUGGUGUGGGCACGUUUGUAGGGGAUCCAACCAGGCGCCGGCUCAGUGCCUCCUAGAAAGUGGAGUGUGGGUACGUUUCAGAGAAAACUGGCUUAGGCCUCCCUGUUUCUGGCGUGGCCUUCCCUGGGAGCGGGUUAGGGACAUGAAAGCUCACCCCCUUCUGAAUGGGUCCACUCCUGGGGAUUUCCGCGGCCUUCCCUGGGAGCAGGUUAGGGACACGGAAGCUCACCCCCUUCUGAAUGGGUCCACUCCCGGGGAUUUCCACAGCUUUCCCUGGAUGAUCCACUCCUGGGGAUUUUCCGCAGCUCCCCGGAUGAUGUGCACGCACACUAAACACCCAGAAUUUAAGGAGGCACUUAUCCAGUGAAGUCCUCAGAUCAACCUUGUGAGCUUUUUCCAAGCACCUGUCACUGUUAAACUGCUGAUGAAAUGUGAAAUGACUUCACAGGUUUUCAAUCUGAUAAGCUCUCCUGUGUCACUGUCUCUUACCUUGUUAGUAUAGGUCAAUGGUUCUCAAAGUUCAGGGCACAUCCCCUUGGGGCUCAUAAAACCAGACUGUCAGCCACUUCAACCUUCUGGUUCGCUGUUCCUUGGUAGUGCAGAUGGCCCAGUAAGCAACUCUACAAACAUUAGAACAUUUUGAGGUAGACAGGGGAACUUAAUCACCCCUUGUAGGCUCCCAGAAGACUGGACCCAACAUCCAGCACAAUGCCUGUCAGCCUUGGCUGGGCAUCUGAAACACCUGCUGUUUGAAGACACCUGGGCCUGGACAUGGGCCAGAGCCACCUUGGUGGUCUGAGUAUGAGGCCAGCAUUAGAACCUCUGCUCUACAGGUGACUUCCCUGGGUUGAUUUUUUUCCAGUGUUAUCUUUAGUACAGAAUCUCUACCUCCUCUAAGGGCCUGAGACCCUCUCUCAGGAAUAAAAGUCCAGUUUUCUUCCCCACUCCAUUUGUCCAGAAGGAAAACCUGGUUUUACAUCAGAAACUUGAGGUGCUUUGAAAAUUUGCCAGCUACCUUGAAGGAGAGAGGGCUUGAGUGUAUUUUGGGAGAAGAAUGAGGGGACAACGGGGUAGGGAGAAGGGACAGAGCUAGAGGAAGGACAGGCCUAUGCCACCCAGGCCAGAGUAAAGGCAGCAGAGACCUUUCGGUUCCUGGCUUGUGACACAGGAAGGGAGGGAACUGGGGAGGACAGGUCAUGAUCAGUGUUUCCUGAUUAAAAUUUUUUAAAUUUAUUUUUAUUUUAAAUUAUCAUGGGCACAUAGUAGGUGUAUAUAUUUGUGGGGUACAUGAGAUGUUUUGAUACAGACAUGCAGUGUGAAAAAGCACAUCGUGGAGACUGGGGCACUCAUCCCCUCAAGUGUUUAUCCUUUGUGUCACAAACAAUCCAAUUAUAUUCUUUUAGUUAUUUUUAAAUGUGCAAUUAAAUUAUUAUUGACUAUAGUCACCCUUCUGUGCUGCUGCUCUACUGUAGACUCAGAUCAUAAAUGCUGUGGAUGCUGGCAAGAUACUGAAAUAAAUUAAUUCUGUAUUUCUAAAAA